AUGUCUGUCUCCUCCACGGAGCGACCCGGUCAGGCUGAGCUCCGACUGAACGUGUUAACCCAGAUACCAGCCUGCCGGAGCACACUGACUUACAUAGCUGAGGGGGCAGGAAAUGCUCGAAAAAUAACACUGGAGAAAGCUGUCCAUAGUAAAAUGUGCUCUCCUCUCUCGGUGAACUCGUGGAGCGGCUCCAUUGAAAUCGGGGUGACGGCGCUGGACCCCUCCACGCUGGACUUCCCCAGCAGCGCCACAGGCCUUAAGGGCGGCUCCUGGAUCGUGUCGGGCUGCUCGGUGCUGCGCGAUGGCCGCUCCGUCCUGGAGGAGUACGGCCGGGACCUGGACCAGCUGGCCGAGGGCGACCGCGUGGGCAUCCAGCGGAACGCCCGCGGCGAGCUGCACCUGUGGGUGAACGGGCAGGACUGCGGCGCCGCCGCCAGCGGCCUGCCGCCCAAACUCUGGGCGGUGGUGGAUCUGUACGGCAAGUGCACGCAAGUGACGGUGGUGAGCUGCGAGCCGCCGUCGCCCUCCGCCGAGAGGGAGAGAGAGACAAUAGAGCGGGACGAGGAGGAGGACGAGGAGGAGGAGGAAGAGGAGCUGGUGGUGCGCGGGGACCGGGAGGACGUGGGGAUCGCAGCGCUCAUGAAUGUGGCAGCAAUGAAUGGAAUGAUGAACGGAGACGAAGUGCCUGAGCUCAGCUGCGGUCACAGCAGACCAGACAAGUUCCCCAACAACCUGGAGCCCGACGCCGUUCUGACCGAGCACCAGCUGUUUGACGUCUUCAACAACGCAAUAGUGUCCUUCUACCGCGCCGAGGACGAGGGCGGCGGGGAGGACGGGGGAGGCGGCGGCGGCGGCGGCGAAGGGGGAGGAGGAGGGAGCGCGGGCAGCGACUCCUCUUCCAGAAACGAGCGAGGGAGCAGCAGCGGAGGAGGCACGGCCAACAGCGACAGCGGCAUUGGGACGACGGGCGGCGGAGGGGACGGCGGGAACGCCAACAGCAGCCCCGCCGGUAACGGAGGCGUGGCGCUCGCAGCCCUCACCGGCGGGAUGACCACCAACGACGCGCUGCUGUUCCACGAGAAAUGCGGCACGCUGAUCAAGCUGAGCAACAACAACAAAACGGCGGAGCGGCGGAGACCGCUGGACGAGUUCAACAACGGCGUGGUGAUGACCAACCGGCCGCUCCGCCACAACGAGAUGUUCGAGAUCCGCAUCGACAAGCUGGUGGACAAGUGGUCGGGCUCCAUCGAAAUCGGCGUCACCACGCACAACCCCAACAACCUGGACUAUCCUGCAACUAUGACCAAUCUGCGCUCAGGUACAAUCAUGAUGAGUGGCUGCGGGAUAUUAACCAACGGGAAAGGAACCCGCAGGGAAUACUGUGAAUUUAGCCUCGAUGAGCUUCAGGAGGGGGACCACAUCGGGCUAAUGCGUAAGGCCAGCGGCGCGCUUCAUUUCUAUAUCAAUGGCAUCGAUCAGGGUGAGUCAGCAGCACAUCAGCCGGCAGAACGAAGCAGCCAGUGCACGCCUGACCGAGCUGCCGACCGCUCCGGGUUUCUCCUCCCAGGCGUGGCGGCAGCACAGACCCCCGGCGUGGUCUACGGCGUGGUGGACCUCUACGGCAUGGCCGUCAAAGUCACCAUAGUCCACAACCACAACCACAGCGACCGUCUCCGGCGCAACAACGCCAUCAUGAGGGCGCUGUCCCCCGACGUGGGCCGGCCCCGCCCCUCGCUCUCCGUCACCCCAGACGCAGACGCGCCCGACCGCCUGCUCUUUCACCCCAACUGCGGGCAGAAGGCCGCCAUCAUCUGCGACGGCAGGACGGCGCUGCGGCCACAUGCCACCGAUGACUUCAACCACGGCGUGGUGCUGAGCAGCCGGCCGCUGCGUUCCAACGAGGUGUUCCAGGUUCGCAUCGACAAGAUGGUCGACAAGUGGGCGGGCUCCAUUGAGAUAGGCGUCACGACGCACAACCCGGCCUACCUGCAGCUGCCCUCCACCAUGACCAACCUGCGCUCAGGGACGUGGAUGAUGACCGGGAAUGGCGUGAUGCACAAUGGGACGACGAUACUGGACGAGUACGGGCACAACCUGGACCGGCUCAAAGCCGGGGACACGGUCGGUGUCGUCCGGAAAGAAGACGGCAGCCUCCAUUUCUUUGUGAACGGUGUGGCACAGGGUCCGGCAGCCUGGAACGUCCCCCCGAGUGUUUACGCCGUGGUCGACCUCUACGGCCAAGCCGCCCAGGCCACCAUCAUGGAUGACAUGGUGGACCUCCCCCCUCUUCCAGAGGACAGCUCAGAGGGCCCCACAGCCAUGUCCCCCGGGAGCCCAUGCUCAGUAGCCGGGGCCACCACAACGAGCGACCUGCGCUUCCACCAGCUGCACGGCACCAACGCCGUCAUCACCAACGGGGGGCGCACCGCCCUGCGCCAGAACUGCCGCAGCGAGUUCAACGACGCCAUCGUCAUUUCCAACAGGUGCCUUCGGGAUGGAGAGCUGUUUGAAAUUGUAAUUCAGAAGAUGGUGGAUCGCUGGUCAGGUUCAAUAGAAGCAGGAGUGACAGCAAUCAGGCCAGAGGAGCUCGAGUUCCCAAACACUAUGACUGAUAUUGACUAUGACACUUGGAUGCUAAGUGGGACAGCCAUCAUGCAGGACGGAAACACGAUGCGCAACAAUUACGGCUGUGAUCUGGACUCCCUGACUACCGGAUCACGGAUCGGCAUGAUGCGCUCAGCCAGCGGCGACCUUCACUAUUACAUAAACGGCGUGGACCAAGGCGUCGCCUGCUCUGGUCUGCCUCCAGAGGUGUUUGCUGUGAUCGACCUGUACGGUCAGUGUGUCCAGGUGUCCAUCACCAGCUCCUCAGGCCCGCUGGACAACAGCCUCUGUACCAGCAACGUCACAGAGAAGAGCUUCCCCAUCCACUCGCCAGUAGCAGGCGUCGCCCACCGGCUCCACGGGAAACACGGGAAGAACGUGGUGCUGCUGGGCGAGGGCUGCCAGGCCGUGCGGGUCGGCGGCUACGCUCACGGCAUCGUCUUCAGCGUGAAGGAACUGAAAGCCGACGAGCUGUUUGAGGUGAGAAUCGACGAGGUGGACGAGCAGUGGUGUGGCUCGCUGCACAUCGGCCUGACCACGCUGGCCCCUCCGGAGCUGCCGUCCUGCCCGCUGUCCGGCCUCUCCCCCUCCCUCCCGCAGCUCCGCACCAAGGUCACAUGGCUCCUCUGUGGCUCCGAGGUCCGUCGCAACGGCGUUCUGCAGCGCCAGAACUACGGCUGCUCGCUGGACCGGCUGACGCGCUGCUCAGAUGAUCUGAAGGAGAGGAGAGUGAGUCAGAGUGUGUGUUUCCAGGUGGGGAACCGUGUGGGAGUGAAGCGGUGCAACGACGACACCAUGCACAUCUUCAUAGACGGAGAGGACAUGGGCCCGGCCGCCACCGCCGUGGCCAAGAAUGUUUACGCAGUGCUGGACCUGUACGGGCGGAUAACGGCCGUCUCCAUCGUCAGCUCCUCGCUGAUGGAGGACACGGAGAGCGUCAAGGCGCCUUCGCUGUCCUCAGAGAGCUGCAGCGAAGGCGAGGAGGACAGCACCCCCGUCAGAGAGGUGGAGAGCGAGCCGUGUCCGCUGGUGCCCACAGCCAUGGCUUUCCUGGAAAACCACGGCAAGAACAUCCAGCUGUCCAACCAGAACCUGACGGCCGCCCGGGUGUCCAGCUACAACCAGGGCCUGCUGGUGACCGCCCUGCCUCUGGCCCGUCAGCAGCUGUUCCAGAUCGACCGGCUGAACCCAUCAUGGACGUCUUCGUUGUCUUUAGGGGUGAUCGGCCACUCCCCCGACAGGCUCAACUUCCCCUCAACGGCGUGCUGUCUGAAACGCUCGGCCUGGCUUCUGCAGCGAGACUCCGUCUUUCACAAUUCAUUAAAGGUCCGCUCCCCCGUCAAACACAUAUGUGAGAACUAUGGUCCUAACCUGGAUACCUGCCCCGAGGGGACCGUGUUGGGUCUGCUGGUGGACGCCAACAGUUGCCUCCAUCUGUACGUCAACGGGAUGGACCAGGGCGCGGCGGCCCAGGACAUCCCAUCACCCUGCUACCCGUUCAUUGACCUAUACGGCCAGUGUGAACAAGUUACCAUAGUUACAAACAAUGUGCCAGCUGUGGGUGCUGAGAGUGGAGAGAGCCGCUGUCAGGGGGACAUGGAAAAGGCGGACAUGGUCGAUGGAAUCAAAGAGAGCGUGUGCUGGACGCCCCCGCCGGAGGUCAACCCCAACAAGACCUGCGAGUACCAGGCACUGUGCUCCCGCUUCAAGGACCUGCUCACAUUACCAGAUGGCUACUUCAACGAAGACGCAAAGUACAAUCUGUGCUACUGCGAGUCCUGCCACAAGCUCCGGGGUGACGAGGCGUAUUACAAGAGAGGAGAGCCACCCAGGGACUACGCCCUCCCUUUUGGGUGGUGCCGCUUUGCUCUCAGGAUCAAGUCCCACUGUGAGGUUUCUAAUGCACUGAAGAAGUGGCACAUUGCGUACCACGGCACCAGCGUAGGGGCCCUGCGGCGCACACUGGACCACAGCCAGCUGCUGCCAGGGAUGUCGUCCAUCUUCUCUGUGUCUCCUGUGAAGGCGGAAGGGCCUAACGGUUACAGUGAGCCGGAGGAGAACAGCGCCCCCGGCAGGGAGGUUCCAAGAGUGCGGUUGUCACCCACCAUGCGCUACUCUGGUUUGGAGAUUUUCGCUCCCAAAGUGCAAUUUCGGGACCCCCGUUCUCACCGCUGUCACCAGGCUCAGGUGGGAUUUCAGGUGUGUGUGCGUCCAGGUUCUUACAAGGUGGGACCUCAGACGCUUGGCCAAAGUGAGCCCCUGGAUCCUCGCUUCAGCAACUCGGAGAUCGAGUGGAUCACUAAGGAGCAAGGUGGCACGCUCCUGUACGGACUACUCAUUCGGAUCGAGUGAAGGAAGCAACGCACGUGGCAUUUGGGUGGAAUUGUGGAGGGCCCAUGUAGCACUCCUCGUACUUUAAACUGACUACCAAAUCCAAGCCCUGCCUUGAACAAGAGACUCCUCUGGAAUCCAGCUGGUCCUUCUGUGGAUGGAUGACAAUUCAGCAUUUUUUUGGAUUUAGUUUUUGGUUGUUUGCUCUCGGACUCCAAACGGCCGGGGGCGACAGCAGUUUCAGAUAACAGACACUGCCUGCACUUUAUGUUUUGGACACUCGUGGGCGAUUUUUAAACUUCUCAUCGACACAACACGUUUGUUCAUUUUUGCUGAAGUCCCCUCCCUUCAUCAUUUCACUUUAGAUUGAUUUAAUUCAGCUUCUUUCUCCUCUUCAGCACUUACUUUAACUCUUUCCACCUCUGUUCUGGUCAGUCAGUGUUUUCAUUUUGGGAAAACUUUGUCUUUCUUCUACACAUUAAGAGAAGUCACCUAAAAUGACUGAAAUGUGGGCUUUUAACUAAAUUUAUAUACAAAAAGAAAGAGGGACAAUGUUUAAAUUAAAUAUGUAAAAAUAUAAAUAUAUAUAUAUAUAGACACUUGAAUCCCAAGAAUGAACCCAAGACAGUCAUAUGAUUGUGACUUCUUUUAGGGGGAGACUUUCAAAACUGGAGGGAAAGAGAUGUUUACACACGCACAUGUUGUCUCCACUUUGGCAGUCUGGGUUUGUUUGCUUGAUGUUUAGUUUCAGUUUCACCUGACGCCUCAAACGGACCCACACAAACUUCAAACUGAUGGGGAAACUGGAGUAAAAAUGAAUUUCUGAAAAAGCUACUGUACGUUUUGGGAAUUUUAACUAGUGCCAGAUAUUGGCUGAUGAAUUUAGCUCCAGCCUCACAGCUAGAAAGGAUAUAUCACAGAAAAUACUCAGUAACAAAAAGCAUAACUAGUAUUCGGCUAAGCUCACAUUUUAGGCCCGUAAUAAGCCCUGCUAAGAUUUUGAAAAUGAGAUUUUAACACUUACAUUAAAUAAGAAGCCAAAGCGAAGCCGGCUGGUCGCAGAAAAGUUACAAGAAACUCCAUAUAAAAUACGAAAAGCCAAAUAAAAGGGACUCCCCAGCCUCGUUUUAAGUGUUAAUUGUAGCUGACACGUUUACGAGAACAAGAAUCAGUGUUAACUUCCCGUUUACGCCAAUGGGCUCCCUGUUUCCAUGGAGACCACCUGCAGGGAUCACGUGCAGUGACCCCCGUGUUAGCGUUAGCAGCCGGCUAGCUCAGCAAAAAGGCUUUCAAACAGGUCAAUACUUAACAAAGUUAAGUAUUCGGCGAUGAAUAACUAUAUGUUGUCUUUUUCUUUAGGGUUAAAAGUAAACGAACUCUUUGUUUUUAAGCCCGAAUUAAAUAAGUUGUUAAACAGUUGGUUGCCAGGCAACAGGGAGUAGUUUGGGCCAAAAAGUAGUUCACGACAAACGACCUUUGCAGUUUGUUUGUUUUUUCUUUCCAAACUCUUUGGCUUCUGGUACAGAAUAAUCCAGCGGUAUGUACAAUGCUAAGUUGUUAGAAGGAGUUAGUUUAAUAUUCAAAUACCUAAGCUACAUGUUGGCACAUAUAACUGUGCAAGCAUGCCAAUUCGAACCUUUUAAAGCAGAAAGGUGCAUCAUCAUUUUCCUGUCGGCGUUUACACUCCAUUGGCAUACCUCCACCCUCAUCCAUCCUGUCUGACACUGUUUACCCGGCCGACAGAACCUCCACAGCCCACAAAGAGGAGUUACAAGAUCAGCAGUGAGUUGUUUGCAUCCCACUACGCUGGUGUUUACAUGUGAAUGUCAAUAACUAGGGCUCUGUAGUUGUUUUACUCCAUAUUUGAUUUACACGUGUCAAAACAUGUUUAAAGAGGGGGUUUCUUAUCAUAAAUAUCAACUUUGAUUGUAUGUUAGCAGCUUCCCAUCAGUCUUGUGGCCAAUUUGCUAAAACUGUCAUACAAUAUAAAACCCAGAUUUAUUUUUUCUCCUUCCGUUUUUUUUUGUUGCAUAUUUAUGAUGAGUCAAUCUAAAAGAAGGCAGUUAAGAGAAGUUCAAUCACUUCCUUAGAGCAGCUGUGUUGUGACUGAUGGGAGAUCUAUGAUAUUUGGCAGUGUGGGGGGGGGGGGCUUCCAAUCAGAAAUGUGAAAACUAUUAUUUACAUGGGUUAUUUACAGCCCAGUGCUGCUUUGUACACUUCAAUUCGUUUUUGUUUGUUUUCCUCUAUGUUGCGUUGUACAGGCUGUUACAUAACAAAUCAUAUCUUCCUGAUUUAUAAAAAAUAAACUGACAGACAGUAUGCACAAA